CUUAGUCGACCGGAUAAAUCGCGGCUAUCUUAUGAUCCAGUAAUCCAAUUUGGAGUACCGGAUCGUGAGAUUCAGCUAACGGCUACAAAACGGCUAGCCGAAAAUGACCGUCCCUACAUUGAAAAUCUUUUCUUUAUUCUACAGUUUGAUUUUCCUAAAAGCCUUCAUGUUGGCCGUCUUGUUGUAUCGCUUCUUAACUGUGUUUAUCGUUAUGGUGUUCGCUUUGCUGUUGCUCACGCUGACUAA